CGAGCGUACCGCGGGGUUAGGUGAUGGCAGGGGUUGUGCUAGCGGUUUCGCGUACGUGAGUUUGUUGUGUACGUCUGCAAGUCUUCAUUUUGUGCUUGAAUAGAUGCAACGGAUCAUUUUUGAAAGUUUCAAAAGCUUGUACGGUAUCUAAGAGACCAUGGCUGCGGAGCGAGUAGGGCGAAGGAAUCAAGACCUGGAAGACCUAUCCAACGUCGAAUUCGAAACCAGUGAAGAUGUGGAAGUUGUACCUACGUUUGAUAAUAUGAACCUCCGUGAGGAUCUUCUCCGUGGGAUCUACGCAUAUGGCUUCGAACGGCCCUCGGCGAUCCAGCAGCGCGCCAUCCGCCCCAUCCAGAAGGGCCGCGACGUGAUCGCGCAGGCGCAGUCGGGCACCGGCAAGACGGCCACCUUCUCCAUCUCGGUGCUGCAGAGCCUGGACACCACGCUGCGGGAGACGCAGGUGCUCAUCAUGUCGCCCACCCGUGAGCUGGCCGUCCAGAUCCAGAAGGUGAUCCUGGCGCUGGGCGACUACAUGAACGUGCAGUGCCACGCCUGCAUCGGUGGCACCAGCCUGGGCGAGGACAUCCGCAAGCUCGACUACGGCCAGCACAUCGUCUCGGGCACGCCCGGCCGCGUGUUCGAGGGAUAG